UUUAGGUAGCAUUACAGCCAAAAUGUCGGACGAUGUUGUCUACGGAAUUUUACUUUUAGUAUCUGUUGGUUCAGGGGCUUUGAUACGAUACGCAAAGACUCCUCUACAGAAGAAAUUACUUUCAACUUUGAUUGGCGUACUUGUGAUAUCGUUUUCCUGUGGAAUAGAAGCCCUGCACCCUCUAAUAGUCACUGUAGGAAAUUGUGUUUUGAUCAAAUUUCUUGGUGCCAGAUGGUGUCAUGCUGCUAGUUUUGUAUGGUGUUUUGGCUACCUAGCAUUUUUCAGAGCUGCACACCUGUUUGGUCUGUCAAGACCGCAUCCCAUUACUAAUGCAUUACAGCUCUUCAAUGCUCUGCGGAUGAUAGGAGUUGCUUUUGAAGUCCAUGAUGCAGAGUAUAUGGAAAAACGAGACAGAGAAUCAGAGGAGGAUGCUGAACUUAAAAAGAACUUCCAGCUGAAACCGUCCUUCCUGGAUACAAUUCACUAUUCUUUGUGCUACAUUGGCUUAUUUACAGGUCCAUAUUACAAGUACAGAACCUACUACGACAUGUUACAUAUACCUGAAGAUGCUCAUAUACCUAUAUAUAAAUAUGCAAUAGAAAGGGUGAAACAGAUACCACUUAUAGCUGCAGUAUAUCUAGUCUGCUCUUACUUCUUUAGUAUACAGUAUGUGAAAUCAGAAGAGUUUCAGUACAAUCCAUUUUGGUUCCGUAUAUUUUAUAUGGUGCCAAUGUUCCAGAUAUUCCGAUCUCGUCUAUAUUUAGCAUGGAUUAUGUCAGAGGUGAUGUCUAUGACAGCAGGUCUUGGAGCAUACCCCGUAGAGAGUAAAACUAGAUGUGGCGAGGGACCAACAGAUUUAAAGGCACUCAGACACUGCCAAGAAAGGGACCAGAAAACUGUUGAAUAUGAAUUUGAGACAAUACACAAUUUAAGUAUUUGGGGCUGUGAGCUGGCCCCUACAACCAGAGAAGGGCUUAGAAGUUGGAAUAUGAGUGUGCAAUAUUGGCUUGCAGCCUAUGUUCAUAGACGGUUACCCAGGAGUUAUGGAGCAAUGAGGGUAGCCAUUACAAUGGGUGUAAGUGCAUUUUGGCAUGGAAUACACCCAGGAUAUUACCUUAGCUUCCUGACUGUACCGCCAAUACUUGUUGCCGAGGAUCUUAUGAUAGCAGCAUUCCGAAAAGGAUCCGCCACACAGCUCCAUCUGUUUGACUGGGCAUGCUGGUUUUUCAAGAUGCGGGGAUUUGACUACAACUGCAUGGGGUUUCUGUUAUUAAGUUUUGAUGCAACAGUAGGCUAUUGGAAAAGCAUUUACUUUAUACCACAUAUAAUUAUUGUAAUUUUCAUAGUAGUUGGACUAGCUUUGAAAGGAAAGAAAUCAAAAAAGAAGAAAAGUGAAUGAUAUAUCUUUUAUACUAGGUUUAAAAAGAUUUUAUAUUUUAUUUUGCAAUGGGACUAUUGUUAAGUUUUACUGAGGAAUGGCAUUCCAAAUGUUUUAUAAAAACUUUUUAUGUACCCCCAGUUACGUGGACAGUUAGACUGGUAUGUUCGAUGUGCUUCUGUAUGUUCUGGAAUGUAGUGUGUUCAACUCGUCCCACACUAACCAAGAAGCUUGAUUUGCUUCAGACUGUCACAGAUGAACAAGCUUGUUGUGUAGAUGACCAUAAAGGAUGUGAUAAUGAAUUUUUACUACAAUUUUGGCCUUUUGAUACUUUUGCUAUAUGGAAUUUAGAAAAAAAAAUUGUGUGUCCGACUCUUUAAAGGAUAUGCUUUAAAGUUUCACAGAUGAAAUGGACCUUGAUGUGAAUAUGACCAUAAAUAAAGGACUUCUUUCUGUGGCUAUUUUUUCUACAAUUUUGGCCCUUUCUUAAUUUCACAAAAUAGGCCAUAGUGAAGAAAUUUGGAGUUCUCAACUCAUCAUACUUUUUGAAGGAAUGGAUUCGAAGUUGUUCAGAUGCUCAAUCUUACCUGAAAACAAUUUGCUUCAAACUUUUAGAUGAUCAUCCUUAAAGUGAAGUUGGUCUGUACUAAAAACUUUAUUUAGAGGAUGGCGCAGUAUGUGGGAUCAUCUGUGUCCUAUGGACACAAUUUUAGUUGAUCUUCAAGUUUCUUUUUCGAGGGCUAAAUGUUUUGAGGAGAAGUGGUAUAUCUUUUACAAUGGAAGAGUUUUAAGUUUACAACUUUUAUUAUAUCAGUAUUUUACUGAGGGCCAGAUAGAGUGAUCAUUUUUGGAAUUAAAACAUUUUUUGUUUGAUAGUUAUUUAACUUGUACACAUCUGACCUUUUAAGAAUUUAUACAUGCAUGGGGAUACUCUAUUCAUAUUUGAUAGUAAAAUAAUUUAUACUGAACAUUGCUUAUCUUUUGUGUAGUGAGCAAGCAAAAUUUUAUUGCUGCAAAACCUACUUUGUAUUACUAAAAACUAUUAAUUCUUUACAUGCCUGUAUACCUUUAUCAUGAUGAAAUCAGUCACCAAUAAACCAGAAAUUUAAGUGAAAUGAUGCAAAUAGUUAUAGCUUUGGAUUUCAUAAUUUAGAAUCAGCUUGUCUAUUUAUUAAUAUUAAUUGAUAGUGAACAGUAAAUCUACUUAGGAAUACUUCAUAUUUUUAUCAAAGGUACUGCAUAAAGAACUUAAGAAAAAUUGAAAUUUACAGGUUGCUGCUGUGAUUGACGUGCUUGCUUUAUGAACAAAAAGGUUGCCAGACUUUCUUUUUUGCCCAAGAAUUUACUGAUAACACUUCAAAGGAAAAUGUUUCACUGACUAUAUUUGGAAUGUGAACAUUUUAAUUAGAUAGUUCUCAGGUAGAUCAUUAUACCAUAUUGGUAUUCAUUUGAAGCUGAGCCCCUUUGAAUGGCCGAGAACAUGUCAAGUACUAUGUGGUAUUUUUUCAGUAUGUUUCAUAUUUAUUUAUUCAUAUUUUAGUCAUGUGACUACACACAACAGAAUGUGACUUGCAUUGGAAAAAGUCUGUCUGGAGUAUAAUAAUUGUUUUUGCCCUUUAUUUGUAUUCAAUGUUGACAUUUUCUCCUCUAUCAAAACCAUAUAUGACUUUUUCAUAGAUCAAAACACAACAAUCCUGAAUUUUAUAGAAAACGAAGACUAGAAAUAAGAAUUAUGCUUAUGCAUUUACUUAGGUUUGUUAUAUCAUGCUUAAAUAGAAAUAAGAUGUUUGCAUGACUGAAGUAAGUACUGCAGACAAAUACUACUAAUGACACUAUAAUUUAGCUAUAAAUACAUUGUUAUAGACAAUAAUCAACAUUGAAUAACAACAACUUAAACAAUAGCACAAGUUUAAAGUAGCAGACUCAAUAACUAACCUAUUAAGUUUUUUUUCCAUAAAAUUUGGAUCAAAAGAAUUAACUUGGAUAUUACUUUUCUGAAAUGCCCAUUGUUACUGUGUUCAAUUACUAUAUGCAAAAUAUUUUCCAUAUGUUCUGUACAAAUGUUGUUGACAGAAACUUUUGUUCAUUCAUAUGUAGCCUGUUCAAGAACCCAAAUUUUCCAGAAUUUAAACAGCAUUGGGUUCAGAGUCAUUCUUACUAUGAUAUAAAUUUGGUACAAAAAUGUGUAUUUUCAUCUUUGUGUCACAUAAUUCCGCUGCUGCUUGUUGCUCUCAUGAUUGAUGUAUGGGGUGCAUAAAAUGCUUAAUGACCAUAAAAUCAGCGCAUUACGUUAUUCUUAAUUUUAGUGUUAUUUAUUUAGGAAGGCUUUUUCCUAAUAAAAACAAGAAAUCCAGACUGGAAAAUACAUAUUGAUAUUGUAUGCUUAUGAUAUUUCAUGCCAAAUACUUAAUGUUUUAAAUCAUUAUUCAUUGUUAUAGGUAUGAUGCAUUUCCUUUGAAAUCUGGUUUGUCAUUAUACUCCCACAAAAUGAAGUUGGGGGAGGGUAUAUAGGAGUGAGCUUGUCUUGUUGGUCCGUUGGUUUUAUGGUUUCCGGAUGAUAAAUCUUGAAAGGCUUGACCCAUUUAAAUAUUUUUUUGGUACACAGGUGUAACAUCAGAAAAUACAGGUCAAUUUUGACUUUGGGGUCUGUAGGUCAAAGGUCAAGAUCACAGUGACUCGCAACAGCUGAACGGUUUCCGGAUGAUAACCCUUGAAAGGCAUGACCGAUUUUAAUUUUUGUUACACAGAUGUAACGUCAAAACAUAUAGGUCAGGUUCGACUUUAGGGCCAGUAGAUAAAAGGUCAAGGUCAAAGUGACUCGCAACAGCUUAACGGUUUCGGAUGAUAACUCUUGAAAGGCAUGACAGGUUUAAAUAAUUUUUGGUACACAGAUGUAACAUCAAAAAAUACAGGUUAAGUUUGACUUUAGGGUCGGUAGGUCAAAGGUCAAGGUCACAGUGACUUGCAACAGCUAAACAGUUUCUGGAUGAUAACUUGAGAAGGCUUGGGCCUAGGAUCAUGAAAAUUGAUAGAGAGGUUGAUUAUGACCAACAGAUGACCCCUAAUGAGUUUUGAAGUCAGAAGGUCACAGGUCAAAGUCACAGUGACCGGGAACACUUAAAUGGUUUUUGGACAAUAACUUCACAACGCUUAGGACUAGGAUCACGGAAUGUUGGUCAUGACCAGCAGAUGACCGGUGCGUAUUUUGGGUUCCAAUAAGGUCAUUUAAACCUUUUUCGGACAAUAACUUGAGAAGGCUUGGGCCGAUGAUCAUGAAACUUCAUAGGGAGGUUGAUAAUGACCAGCAGAUGACCUCAAUUGAUUUUGAGGUCAUUAGGUCAAAGAUCAAGCAAGUUCAGCUUUGACAUUGGCUUAGUUCUUUGACAAGGCUAUAUUGUGGGGGUAAUUCAUCACUCCUGUGACCAUUCUAGUUUUAUUUAAAAGUACAAGUCAGCGAAACAAAGGUUUGACCAUUUGUGAAAUAUUCUGCAAGGUUUUUGUAACAUUUUAGAAAUAUUCUUAAUUGUUAAAUGACAACUUCUUCAUCAGUUUGAAGAAUGAACUUGUCUUAAAAUUUGAAUACUCUAAGUUCACUUGUUAGCUCACCUGUCACAAAGUGACAAGGUGAGCUUUUGUGAUCGCGCAGCGUCCGUCGUCCGUCCGUCCGUGCGUAAACUUUUGCUUGUGACCACUCUAGAGGUCACAUUUUUCAUCGGAUCUUUAUGAAAAUUGGUCAGAAUGUUUACCUUGAUGAUAUCUAGGUCAAGUUCGAAACUGGGUCACGUGCGGUCAAAAACUAGGUCAGUAGGUCUAAAAAUAGAAAAACCUUGUGACCUCUCUAGAGGCCAUAUAUUUCUCAAGAUCUUCAUGAAAAUUGGUCAGAAUGUUCACCUUGAUGAUAUCUAGGUCAAGUUUGAAACUGGGUUACGUGCCUUUAAAAACUAGGUCAGUAGGUCAAAUAAUAGAAAAACCUUGUGACCACUCUAGAGGUCAAAUUUUUCAUGGGGUCUUUAUGAAAAUUGGUCAGAAUGUUCACCUUGAUGAUAUCUAGGUCAGGUUCGAAACUGGGUUACUUGCGGUCAAAAACUAGGUCAGUAGGUCUAAAAAUAGAAAAACCUCGUGACCUCUCUAGAGGCUAUAUAUUUUACAAGAUCUUCAUGAAAAUUGGUCAGAAUGUUCACCUUGAUGAUAUCUAGGUCAAGUUCGAAUCUAGGUCACGUGCCAUCAAAAACUAGGUCAGUAGGUCUAAAAAUAGAAAAACCUUGUGACCUCUCUAGAGGCCAUACUUUUCAUGGGAUCUGUAUGAAAGUUGGUCUGAAUGUUCACCUUGAUGAUAUCUAGGUCAAGUUUGAAUCUGGGUCACGUGCGGUCAAAAACUAGGUCAGUAGGUCUAAAAAUAGAAAAACCUUGUGACCUCUUUAGAGGCCAUACUUUUGAAUGGAUCUUAUAAAAAUUGGUCAGAAUGUUCAUCCUGAUGAUAUCUAGGUCAAAUUCGAAACUGGGUCACGUGCCUUCAAAAAGUAGGUCAGUAGGUCAAAUAAUGAAAAAACCUUGUGACCUCUCUAGAGGCCAUAUUUUUCAUUGGAUAUGUAUGAAAGUUGGUCUGACUGUUCAUCUUGAUGAUAUAUAGGUCAAGUUUGAAACUUGGUCAGCUGCGGUCAAAAACUAGGUCAGUAGGUCUAAAAUUAGAAAAAUCUUUUGAUCUCUCUAGAGGCCAUAUUUUUCAAUAGAUCUUCAUGAAAAUUAGUGAGAAUGUUCACCUUGAUGAUAUCUAGGUCAAGUUCAAAACAGGGUCACGUACCUGUGAAAACUAGGUCAAUAGGUCAAAUAAUAUAAAAACCUUGUGACCUCUGUAGAGGCCAUAUUUUUCAAUGGAUCUUCAUGAAAAUUGGUCAGAAUUUUUAUCUUGAUGAUAUCUAGAUCAAAUUCAAAACUGGGUCACAUGAGCUCAAAAACUAGGUCACUAUAUCAAAUAAUAGAAAAAACGACGUCAUACUCAAAACUGGGUCAUGUGGGAACAGGUGAGCGAUUCAGGACCAUCAUGGUCCUCUUGUUUUUUAAAAGCUUUGAAAAUAUUUGAGAAAAUUGCACUAAAAACUGUACACUAUAAUAAACCCCAGAACUUUGAGAGAUAUAAAAUAGGAAAAAGUAUAAAACAUAUUCUCUCUCAUUUGUUCUAAAUGAUGCUUCGAGUUUUUAUUGCUCACAUUGAGCUUAAGUAGCUAUUGCAAAACUGUGAUUCUUUAUAACUAUAUACGCGUUUGUGUUAGCUAUCAUACAUGUUUUGAUAUUUUCGCUAUCUAAAUUCUGUUACAAAUAUAAGUAAAAUUUUGAUGCCAUGAAUGGUAUAGGGAGGUCAUUAAAUUUUGUGGGUAUAUGAAAUUUUGUGGUUUUAAACUAUAGGAAUAUUAAUUAUUUGUUCAUUUGCAUUUUAUUUUUAGGUUUGGUAUUACUGUAUAUCCAUGAAAAUUAGUCAAUUACGAAACUGUCAACAUGGACAAUGUGCUAUAUGUCAAAGCAGUUAUCGAAAAAAAUUUAAGAGGUGAUCAAAUGUAUGUACAAGUUCACAAAGAUAUGAUAGUAGGAACAUGAAAAAUUAUUCUAUAUUACAUGGACAUUUUGUACUUGCUUGCAAAUAGUAUGAUAUAUGUUUUAUAACAGUAUAUAAAACAUUUAGGGUAAUUCAGCCCCGUUACAGUUCUUCCUGACCAUCGUUAAACUUACAUACAGACUGUAUGGCUUAUUCUGCUGGGGCAGUAAUUGAUUUAUAAUACUUUCCAUCAGUUGAAAGUUUUUCUUUGUUAUCAAAUGUUAGAAGCAGCCAUUAAGGAAUUGUGUAAGGCUUGAAAAAAAUUGACCCGUCCUUUUGUCCAGAGGCUGUUCAGCUACAAGAGGCUCCAGUGUAUACAACUUCAAAAGGUUUUGUUCUAAUGUUUGCAAUAGUAAAUGUACAAAAUGGCACACAUCGCCAUAUUUUCAUACUUGUUAUUGAUUUUGUAAUGAUAUACUUUAUAGAAACUAUAUACGUCAUUAAAUACAAUUAAAUGCC